AUUCGUACAUUGUACGUGCGUAUAGCAAUAACACAUAAGUACUGACACUACUAAAUCGUAACGACAGCUCUUCAGAAAUCGUUGUCUAAAGUGAGAUCUGUUCUGUACAAAGUUUUAAGAGAUUAACCAUGAGGCUUAAUUCGAUAUUUCCCAAUUUUGAAAUUGACUCCACUAAGGGGAAAAUUAAUUUUUACGAUUGGCAAGGAGAUUCAUGGGUCGUUCUAUUUUCUCAUCCUGCUGACUUUACACCGGUUUGCACCACCGAAUUGGGUCGUUUAGCAGUGCAUCAACCCAGUUUUGAACGCCGAAAUACAAAACUGUUGGCUCAUUCCGUUGACAAACUACAGGAUCAUAUGGACUGGGUUAAUGAUAUUAAAUCAUAUUGCCACGAUAUUCCUGGAGAUUUCCCAUACCCAAUUCUUGCCGAUCAUGAUCGUAAACUGGCAGUGAAGUUGGAUAUGCUCGACGAAGACAGCAAAGAUGAUCCGGAAAAAGCUCUAACUGUUCGUGCUUUGUACAUUAUAAGCCCCGAUCAUCGUUUACGUUUAUCGAUGCAUUAUCCAAUGUCCACUGGACGCAACGUAGAUGAAAUACUGAGAGUUAUAGAUUCCUUACAACUUGUCCACAAGAGACCAGAAAUAGCAACCCCUGCUAACUGGGUGCCUGGUGAAAAAGUUGUGAUACUUCCAACUGUAAAAGAUGAAGAACUCGUUGAACUCUUCCCCAAAGGAGUGGACAAAGUAUCAAUGCCUUCUGGAAAGGUUUACGUUCGCACAACCACAGAUUAUUGAAUGUCUUCAAUAAUUCAUUAAUGAAUGAUUUCGUAUUAAAUAAUGUAUUAUCUUUUGUACAUUUCUCACUUAUGUAAUGCUAUGUUAAAAUUGAAAGUUCGUUGAACAUAUCGAAUAAAGAUAUAAUUUUUUUAA